GGCAAUCCUACUUGGACUGACAAGGCUGGGGUGCUCAGGGGAGGUCAGCCACAGUCAGGGACAGUCAGAGGAUUCAGCUGUCCCUGCACCAUGAGUGUCUCUGUACUGAGCCUCACCAGACCCUUGGGCAGUGUCUCCGGACUCCUGCAAGUGGCCUCUCUGCUAGGCCUGGCUCUGCUGUUGCUCAAGGCAGCACAGCUCUACCUGCACAGGCAGUGGUUGCUCAAAGUAGUCCAGCACUUCCCGUCCCCUCCUUCCCACUGGCUCUUUGGGCACAUCCAGGAGUUCCAAGAUGGCCAAGAGCUACAAGGGCUUCAGAAAAGGGCAGAGAAAUACCUGUGCGCCAGUCCUCGCUGGCUGUGGGGGAGCAAAGUUACCCUCAUAGUCUAUGACCCGGACUACAUGAAGGUGAUCCUGGGGCGAUCAGACCCAAAGUCUCAUGGCCUCUACAGAUUCCUGGCUCCCUGGAUAGGGUAUGGUUUGCUCCUGUUGAAUGGUCAGAUGUGGUUCCAACACCGGCGGAUGCUGACCCCAGCCUUCCACUAUGGCAUCCUGAAGCCCUACGUGGGGUUCAUGGAUGACUCUGUCCGCGUGAUGCUGGACAAAUGGGAGGACCUCAUCAGACAGAACUCAUAUGUGGAGAUCUUUGAGCAUGUCUCCUUGAUGACCUUAGACACCAUUAUGAAGUGCGCCUUCAGCUACCAAGGCAGCCACCAAGCAGACAGGAUCUCCCAGUCCUACAUCCAGGCCAUUCAAGACCUGAGCAACCUGUUUUUUUCCCGAGUGAGGAAUGUUUUCCACCAGGAUGACAUCAUUUAUAGGCUGACCCCUGAAGGCCACUGGAACCACCGGGCCUGCCAGAUUGCCCAUCAACAUACAGACCGAGUGAUCAAGCUGAGGAAGGCUCAGCUGCAGGAGGAGGGAGCUCUGGAGAAGGUCAGGAGCAAGAGGCACUUGGACUUCCUGGACAUCCUCCUCUUUGCCAGAACGGAGGACGGCAGCAGAUUGACUGACAAGGACCUCCACGCCGAAGUGGACACGUUCAUGUUUGAGGGCCAUGACACCACAGCCAGUGGCAUCUCCUGGAUCCUCUAUGCCCUGGCCACACACCCUGAGCAUCAGCAGAGGUGCCGGGAGGAGGUCCAGAGUCUCCUGGGGGAUGGUACCCACAUCACCUGGGACCACCUAGACCAGAUGCCUUACACCACCAUGUGCAUUAAAGAGGCACUGCGACUCUAUCCACCAAUUCCAGGCAUUGGCAGAGAGCUCAACAAGCCCAUCAUUUUCCCUGAUGGACGUUCCUUACCCAAAGGAUUCCCAGUGUUCCUCUCCAUUUAUGCCCUUCACCACAACCCAAAGGUGUGGCCAAACCCAGAGGUGUUUGACCCUUCACGGUUUGCACCGGGUUCUGCCCGACACAGCCAUGCUUUCUUGCCCUUCUCAGGAGGAGCAAGGAACUGCAUCGGGAAGCAGUUUGCCAUGAGCGAGAUGAAGGUGGCGGUGGCCCUGACCCUGCUCCGCUUUGAGCUGGCGCCAGAUCCUUCCAGGGUCCCUGUUCCCUGGCCAAGAAUUGUGUUGAGGUCCAAGAAUGGGAUCCACCUGCAUCUCAGGAAGCUCCUCUAAAAUCUGUGCAGACAAGGAUGAGCCCGAGAACCUCCUGCCUACCAUCUUGUCUUCCUGUCUGUGUCUCCCGUCCCCUGUCUUCUGCCUCCCUCACAACCUCCAUGAUCUCCCCCUCUUUCCCAUCAGACUGUCUGCCCUUCUCUGUC